AUGUUCGUAGCCUCCUUGUUCGGGAUUGUGGAGGCCGUGUGGAACACGCAGAUUAGUGUUCUUUUGGGCAAUCUGUUCAACGAACACGAACCGGACGUGGCCGUCUCGUUCUCCCUGUAUCGUUGCAUACAAUCUAUCAUGGCUGCCGUCACGUUCUCCUAUUGUAAUGCUCUGCAGUUGCACUGGCAUAUGCUGCUGUUUGUUAUUUGGGCCACGGCCGGUUUGGCUUGCUUCAGCUACGCCUAUUGGUCGCACCUUCGACGAACACAUCGAAACCGUUUGGGUUAG